AUGCUGCUGCUGCUGAUUCUCCUGGUACUCUUUGGCACGAUACCGAUGCUGUACACGAAAGGCUGCCAACCGAUCACCAUUCCACUCUGCAAAGGCAUCGGUUACAACAUGACAUCGUUUCCGAACAGCUACGGUCAUGAGAAACAAGAAGAAGCUGGUUUAGAAGUACAUCAGUUCUUUCCGCUUGUUGAGUACGGUUGCUACCAACAUCUGAAGUUCUUCCUAUGCACUCUGUACACGCCGAUCUGUCAAGAGAACUAUGAUCGGCCUAUCCUACCGUGUAUGGUUUCCGCUGGCCGGAGACGUAUCGUGCGAGAGCCUGCCACAAUGAGCGAGCAGGCAUCAACUGGUAACAUCUGUGCAGCACCUCCAGACACUCCUAAGCAGACAAAGAUCAUGGAAUUACCACCGGUAUCAGCACCCCGACCACACGUUGGCAUAUCCGUACAGGACCUGCAGAACCAAUGCGAGUGCUCCUGUCAGCCACCAUUCCAAACCGUCAGCAAUGCAAAAGCGAUGGCUUAUUUUGUUUAUUAUGACCUUGAUUAUUCAAAAUUUCUCAUUGAGGUCGGAAACGUCUCCCGUGUUCGUAUCAAUGUGAGCUCUUGCUACAGGUCCGGCAGCAGGGAGUUGAUCUCAGAGUUGGAUGGUUUUGGCUUUCCUUGUCUCCUGUCAGCUUCAAUUUCUAACGUUUCUCAGCGAAACCGAUCAUUCCAAUACCCGGAAAGGCCAAUUUUCAUGCUGGUCUUCUGUCAACUGAUGGUCGCCGUUGGAUUUAUUAUUCGAGUGUCCGCUGGGCAUGAGCAGAUCGCUUGUGAUGCCUACAAAAUUAAAGGAAUCGAUGACGGCAAUGGCAGUUUAUGCUUCGUGGUAUUUCUCCUCACCUAUUUCUUUGGAAUGGCCGCGUGCGUUUGGUGGAUUAUCCUGUCGUUAUCGUGGGUGCUGGCUGCUGCCUCAAAAUGGUCCAGUGAGGCGAUUGCCAGCUAUUCCGCUCAUUUCCAUGCAGUCGGUUGGCUGCUACCUGCCGCUCAGACAGUCAUCGUCCUAGUUUUCAAUGCAAUCGAUGGCGAUCCAGUGUCUGGUAUGUGUUACGUUGGUAACACUGAUGUCAAUCAUCUUCGCAUGUUCGUACUAGGACCUCUGAUCCUUUAUUUCUCCCUUGGAGUGCUAUUCCUUUUCGUUGGUUUCUUCAAUUUGUGGAGGAUACGAAAUGAGGUGCAAAAGCAACACCCUGGUCUGUGUAACGCAUCGAAACUCACCAAUCUGAUGACAAAGAUUGGCACGUUCUCAGUGCUCUACACCCUACCAGCCUUGUUCGUCAUUCUGUCACUAAUCUAUGAGCAGCACCAUCGUCCCCUAUGGGAACAAAGUAUCACCUGCACGUGCGCUGAUCG